AUGUCCGUUGCUGAGGCUGUCAAGCUCAAGGACGAGGGUAAUGAACACUUUAAGGCUCACCGAUUUGACGAAGCUAUUGAAAGUUAUACCAAGGCUAUAGAAGUAGAUCCCAAAAAUGCAGUGUUUUACUCAAACAGAGCUCAAGUUCACAUCAAGUUGGAGAACUAUGGACUUGCCAUAAUAGAUUGUGACGAAGCUUUAAAGGUGGAUCCUAGCUUUACAAAGGCUUACUACCGAAAGGGUGUUGCGCAGAUGGCUAUUUUGAAGUACAAAGAAGCCCAAGCCAAUUUUAAGACAAUUUUGAAGACCUUACCAAACGACAAACUCACAUUGGAAAACUACAAGCAAUGUGUUAAUUACUUGAAAAAGCAAGCAUUUGAAAAGGCUAUUGCCGGUGACGAAAAGACUUCUAUCUUCACAACUAUAGACUUCAAUUCCAUGAUCAUCGAGAAGACCUGGGAAGGGCCAUCUUUGGAGAUCACCAGCACAACCACCGAAUCCGGCGUCAAGGUGGAUAUCGAGGGUCUUGAUUUAGGCUACUUAAAGUAUAUGAUCAAGCAUUUCAAAGCAGGAGGUAAGAUACCCAAGAAGCAUGCAUUUGCUAUUAUAGCAAAAGUGACUGAAAUUUGCAAGCAUGAGAAAACCAUGGUUGAACUUUCUCUUCCUCAUAAUCUGUAUACCAAUGCAGAAGCGUCCAAGGAUGAACUCUUGUUGGCUAAAAGUAAAAAGUUGACGGUUGUUGGAGAUACCCAUGGACAAUUUUAUGAUGUGCUCAACUUGUUCAACAAAUUUGGAUUUGUUUCAGACCUGCAUUCCUACCUCUUCAACGGUGACUUUGUUGACCGUGGAUCAUGGUCGUGUGAGGUUGCCUUCUACCUCUACGUUCUCAAGAUACUUUACCCUACUUCUUUGUUCUUGAAUCGUGGAAACCAUGAAACCAAUGACAUGAACAAGACAUACGGAUUCACCGAUGAAUGUGAACUGAAAUAUUCUAAAAAAGUGUUUGAGGCUUUUGCCGAAUCUUUUGGCGCUUUACCCUUAGCUACCUUGAUCAACCGCUCAUACCUAUGUAUGCAUGGAGGCUUGUUCUCAGACGACAAUGUGACAUUGGAAGACAUCAAGAACUUCAACAGAUUUCCAAGCUCUGGAUCAAGUCAACCCCCAAGAGAGGGAAUUGCCAUGGAGUUAUUAUGGACCGAUCCCCAACCAACCCCCGGUCGUGCUCCUUCAAAGAGAGGUAUAGGAAUGCAAUUUGGACCCGAUAUUACUGAACGGUUCUGUUUGAAGAACAAGAUAAGAAAGGUAUUGAGGUCGCACGAGGUAAGAAUGGGAGGUGUUGAAGAAGAGCACAACGGCCGCUUAAUUACCGUCUUCAGUGCCCCAAACUACUGUGAUUCCACCGGAAACUUGGGUGGAGUGGUUCACAUAACUGAGAAUGUAAAAUACGAUGCUGCUUCCGAUAAUGGUGAAGGCUAUAGAGAUGCCAAGGACACCAAUUGUCCAUGGACAUUAGAGAUUGAAAAGUUUGACGCAGUGCCACAUCCCGACUUGAAGCCAAUGGCCUACUCUAAGGCUGGGUUUGGCUUCUAA